AUGACAGAAGGGUUUUGGGGACUAUUCCUGCGUUACGCCUUUUGGGCCGGGGUAGGCGGUUUUCCAUAUAAACUGGAAGUUGGUUUCGAAGGACCACUGUCAGCAACCAGUGUGUUGCGACGGACUAUCUUGACGGGGCGAGACGUACCUGCCGGAGAGAACGGACCACUGUCAGCAACCAGUGUGUUGCGACGGACUAUCUUGACGGGGCGAGACGUACCUGCCGGAGAGAACGGACCACUGUCAGCAACCAGUGUGUUGCGAUGGACUAUCUUGAUGGGGCGAGACGUACCUGCCGGAGAGAACGGACCACUGUCAGCAACCAGUGUGUUGCGACGGACUAUCUUGACGGGGCGAGACGUACCUGCCGGAGAGAACGGACCACUGUCAGCAACCAGUGUGUUGCGACGGACUAUCUUGACGGGGCGAGACGUACCUGCCGGAGAGAACGGACCACUGUCAGCAACCAGUGUGUUGCGACGGACUAUCUUGACGGGGCGAGACGUACCUGCCGGAGAGAACGGACCACUGUCAGCAACCAGUGUGUUGCGACGGACUAUCUUGACGGGGCGAGACGUACCUGCCGGAGAGAACGGACCACUGUCAGCAACCAGUGUGUUGCGACGGACUAUCUUGACGGGGCGAGACGUACCUGCCGGAGAGAACGGACCACUGUCAGCACCCAGUGUGUUGCGACGGACUAUUUUGACGGGGCGAGACGUACCUGCCGGAGAGAACGGACCACUGUCAGCAACCAGUGUGUUGCGACGGACUAUCUUGACGGGGCGAGACGUACCUGCCGGAGAGAACGGACCACUGUCAGCAACCAGUGUGUUGCGAUGGACUAUCUUGACGGGGCGAGACGUACCUGCCGGAGAGAACGGACCACUGUCAGCAACCAGUGUGUUGCGACGGACUAUCUUGACGGGGCGAGACGUACCUGCCGGAGAGGACGGACCGCUGUCAGCAACCAGUGUGUUGCGACGGACUAUCUUGACGGGGCGAGACGUACCUGCCGGAGAGAACGGACCACUGUCAGCAACCAGUGUGUUGCGACGGACUAUCUUGACGGGGCGAGACGUACCUGCCGGAGAGAACGGACCACUGUCAGCAACCAGUGUGUUGCGACGGACUAUCUUGACGGGGCGAGACGUACCUGCCGGAGAGAACGGACCACUGUCAGCACCCAGUGUGUUGCGACGGACUAUUUUGACGGGGCGAGACGUACCUGCCGGAGAGAACGGACCACUGUCAGCAACCAGUGUGUUGCGACGGACUAUCUUGACGGGGCGAGACGUACCUGCCGGAGAGAACGGACCACUGUCAGCACCCAGUGUGUUGCGACGGACUAUUUUGACGGGGCGAGACGUACCUGCCGGAGAGAACGGACCACUGUCAGCAACCAGUGUGUUGCGACGGACUAUCUUGACGGGGCGAGACGUACCUGCCGGAGAGAACGAACCACUGUCAGCAACCAGUGUGUUGCGACGGACUAUCUUGACGGGGCGAGACGUACGUGCCGGAGAGAACGGACCACUGUCAGCAACCAGUGUGUUGCGACGGACUAUCUUGACGGGGCGAGACGUACCUGCCGGAGAGAACGGACCACUGUCAGCAACCAGUGUGUUGCGACGGACUAUCUUGACGGGGCGAGACGUACCUGCCGGAGAGAACGGACCACUGUCAGCAACCAGUGUGUUGCGACGGACUAUCUUGACGGGGCGAGACGUACCUGCCGGAGAGAACGGACCACUGUCAGCACCCAGUGUGUUGCGACGGACUAUUUUGACGGGGCGAGACGUACCUGCCGGAGUGAACGGACCACUGUCAGCAACCAGUGUGUUGCGACGGACUAUCUUGACGGGGCGAGACGUACGUGCCGGAGAGAACGGACCACUGUCAGCAACCAGUGUGUUGCGACGGACUAUCUUGAUGGGGCGAGACGUACCUGCCGGAGAGAACGGACCACUGUCAGCAACCAGUGUGUUGCGACGGACUAUCUUGACGGGGCGAGACGUACCUGCCGGAGAGAACGAACCACUGUCAGCAACCAGUGUGUUGCGACGGACUAUCUUGACGGGGCGAGACGUACCUGCCGGAGAGAACGAACCACUGUCAGCAACCAGUGUGUUGCGACGGACUAUCUUGACGGGGCGAGACGUACCUGCCGGAGAGAACGGACCACUGUCAGCAACCAGUGUGUUGCGACGGACUAUCUUGACGGGGCGAGACGUACCUGCCGGAGAGAACGGACCACUGUCAGCAACCAGUGUGUUGCGACGGACUAUCUUGACGGGGCGAGACGUACCUCCCGGAGAGAACGGACCACUGUUAGCAACCAGUGUGUUGCGACGGACUAUCUUGACGGGGCGAGACGUACCUGCUGGAGAGAACGGACCACUGUCAGCAACCAGUGUGUUGCGACGGACUAUCUUGACGGGGCGAGACGUACCUGCCGGAGAGAACGGACCACUGUCAGCAACCAGUGUGUUGCGACGGACUAUCUUGACGGGGCGAGACGUACCUGCCGGAGAGAACGAACCACUGUCAGCAACCAGUGUGUUGCGACGGACUAUCUUGACGGGGCGAGACGUACGUGCCGGAGAGAACGGACCACUGUCAGCAACCAGUGUGUUGCGACGGACUAUCUUGACGGGGCGAGACGUACCUGCCGGAGAGAACGGACCACUGUCAGCAACCAGUGUGUUGCGACGGACUAUCUUGACGGGGCGAGACGUACCUCCCGGAGAGAACGGACCACUGUUAGCAACCAGUGUGUUGCGACGGACUAUCUUGACGGGGCGAGACGUACCUGCCGGAGAGAACGGACCACUGUCAGCAACCAGUGUGUUGCGACGGACUAUCUUGACGGGGCGAGACGUACCUGCCGGAGAGAACGGACCACUGUCAGCAACCAGUGUGUUGCGACGGACUAUCUUGAUGGGGCGAGACGUACCUGCCGGAGAGAACGGACCACUGUCAGCAACCAGUGUGUUGCGACGGACUAUCUUGACGGGGCGAGACGUACCUGCCGGAGAGAACGGACCACUUUCAGCAACCAGUGUGUUGCGACGGACUAUCUUGACGGGGCGAGACGUACCUGCCGGAGAGAACGGACCGCUGUCAGCAACCAGUGUGUUGCGACGGACUAUCUUGACGGGGCGACUUCACGACCAGAUAGGAUCCGGACAAGGGGACGAAAUCGGAACAAGAAACUAUUUUUCACUCGUCGAUUAA